AUGAAGUCCUUGGCCCUGCUUUUCCUCCUGUCUGUGGGCGCAGCCAGUGCUGCUGUCUCACCCAGGGCCGUGUGGGAGCUUCGCAGCAUGAUCAAAUGCACCAUCCCAGGCAGCCAUCCUCUGCUGGAAUUCGGUGACUACGGCUGCUACUGCGGCUUGGGAGGCAGUGGGACUCCAGUGGAUGAGCUUGACAGGUGCUGUCAAGCACACGAUGAGUGCUACUCGCGGGCACGUAAACUAGAAGCAUGCAGAUCCAUCUUGGACAAUCCCUACACAGAGCUGUACAGGUUCAGCUGCUCCAAGGGGCAGAUCACAUGUAACAGCAAGAACCACGAGUGCGGGAUGUUCGUCUGCAACUGCGACCGCACGGCUGCCAUGUGCUUCGCCAAGGCGCCCUACAAUCCCGAGCACAACAGGCUGGACACCGAGAAAUACUGCCACUAG